UCCGACACAUCUUAACCACCAGAAUUCAGAAAAACAGACGACUAGUUUAAUAAAGCAGACAUCAAAAAGGUCUAAGAGAACUUCAGAAUCUCAAUUGGCCAAAAGUACUGUUAAGAAGUCUAAGAAGAAUAUAGAAAAUGAAUUCAUGAUAAAUUUCAAGAUAUCUGAACUUGAUGCCAAUGAAGAAAGCACAAAGGGUUUGACGUCUAACGUGUCAGAAGCUAAUUGCAUAUUCUCAUUCCCUAUUUCUAUGAAUCAUUGCAAAAAUGAUUCCCUACAUCUUAACCACCAGAAUGCCACUAAUUCUAGAGAGGAAUUAAUUUCAGAAGGGACAACGAAAUCUGUUUUUCAUCAAAUCCAAGCUGAAGAGCCUUCUAAAAUGGAGAAUGAGCGUGCUAAAUUCCAAAAGUCCCAUUAUUACUUUAAUGAUUUUAGUGCAGAUGUUUGUUCAUUGAAUGUUUUAGGGAAUUCAUUUUGUAUCCCUCUCAACAAAAGGUUUGAUGAAGCUCUACCUACUGACCCUCUCAUCAGCAAAGAAGUGGAUGAAGUGGAUGAAGUGGAGAAAGCUAAUGCGUGUGAAAAUAAUGGAAAGGAAAAUCACAGUUAUGUGAUUCAGAACAAUUACCAUGCAAUGUCAAAAGAUGGUAUAAUUUCGCUAGAGCCUCCACGCGACAAGAGUUUUGAUGAAGCUCUAAUGCUUGAUCUCGGUAGAUCCGAAGGAGCUGUUGAGGUAAAGAGAACCGUAGAGGGCAAGAAAAGAGGAAGGAAGAAAAAAUAUAGGUGCAAGAUUAUGGAUUGUAGCUCUCAAGAAGCGGGCGCGAUAAAGAAAACCGUAGAAUUCAAGAAAAGAGGAAGGAAAAAAUGGGAUGGCUGCAAGAUUAAGGUUGACAAUCUCUUGAAUUCUCCCAUAAUAAACACAAUGGAUAACCAAUCUUGCUGCAGAACUAUGUCUGCUAGAAGAAGGAAUUCUGAAUCUCAAGCAUCCAGAGAACCAAGUAUGAGAUCUUGUAGAUCGGCUAUGCAACCUGCUAAUCGUGCAAGGCAGGCAUCUGUUGAUGAUGGGCAAACACUCAAAGGAGUAAGGACAGUGCUAUGCUGGCUAAUUAAGAUGGGUGUGCUUUCAUCUACUGAUAUCAUGCAGUACCAGAGUCCAAGAAAUAGUGCAGUGGUUAAGGAAGGUCAGAUUACUAAAGCUGGAAUUCUCUGCAGAUGCUGCCAGAAGAUUCUUUCUGUAUCUGAAUUUAAAAGGCACGCUGGAUUCAAGGUGCAAAAACCCUCUCUGAAUCUUUUUCUGAAGUCUGGAAAAUCGUACAUAUCAUGCCAGCUUCAGGCUUGGUCUGCUGAGUGUGAACUGAGGAAAGAUGACAUGCGAACUAGAGAAUUGCAUAAGGAAGAUGAGAAUGAUGAUGCCUGUAGAUUUUGUGCUGAUGGUGGUGAGCUAAUAUGCUGUGAUAGCUGCCCAUCUACUUACCAUCAAGCUUGUUUGUACUUAAAGGAGAUUCCAGAAGGCAGUUGGUACUGCCCUAAUUGUAGCUGUGCUAUUUGCAAUUGUGCUCUUCAUGUGACCAAGGGUUCAGGUUUCAUUGCAACACUAGAGUGCUCACAAUGCGAACAUAAAUAUCAUGAAACGUGCAUAAAGGAUGAGAUUAAAUGUGAUGCAGUUGGAUCUAAUUUGUGGUUUUGUGGACAAAAAUGUCUUCAGGUUUACACUGGACUGCAAUCACUUGUAGGAAUGACGAAUUGCUUGAAUGAUGGAUUAUGCUGGACUGUUUUGAAAUGCAUUCAUGAUGAUGAAAAAGUUCUUUCUACACAGAAGACUGCUUUGAUGGCUGAAUGCAACACAAAGUUAGCUGUUGCCUUGUCCAUUAUGGAAGAAAGCUUUCUUCCCAUGUUGGAUCCCAGAACAGGCAAAAAUAUGCUUUCUCUCAUCUUGUACAACUUGAGGUCAAAAUUAUCGCAGGUGAACUAUCAAGGAUUUUAUACUGUGGCCUUGGGGAGGGAUGAUGAACUCUUUUCUGUUGCUUCAAUCAGGGUGCAUGGAAUCACUUUGGCUGAGCUGCCUCUAAUAACAACAUGCAUUGAGCAACGUCAGGCGGGAAUGUGUCGACGGCUUAUGCAUGUGAUUGAAGAGAUGCUGAAAUCAUUGAAGGUAGAAAUGUUGGUUUUAUCAGCCAUUCCAAGCCUAGUAGAGACUUGGACAUCAACUUUUGGAUUCCAAUACAUCAAUGAUGAUGAUAAGAAGAAACUAUGUGGUAUCAACCUGAUGAUAUUUCCUGGAGCCACUUUGUUGAAAAAGAACCUGUUUGAAUGUGAAAGCAGUAAAUUAG